GGAACACAACCCGGAAUUGAGCCUCAAUAUUAAUUCAAUUUAACAUCGAAGAAAAAUUAAAUAAGAGCAUGUCGUAAAGCCCAUGGAACACCUUGGCAGUCAGUCAUCAUGGCCUCGAUUCACCACGCUCGUUUCGUUCUAUUCUAGAUGGCAGGAUGGACGUCAAUGAGAAAAAACCGUAUCCUGAACCCUCCGUGUUCCAACACUGUGGACCGGACGUCUCUCGUUUUCGACAGUUUCUCAACUUCCUGGGAUGUCUGGUGAUCAUCCCCGUUUACUACAUAAUCACCGGCUACACGCUUCAUCCGUUGAUGCUGGACGUCCUCUUGACUAUCUUCGCGGCCGAGUACAAUCGGUUCGCCAACGAGAAUCGAAGAGGCCGGCUUUACUGUGGCUUGGAUGGCGACCCGCAAGCAGGCAAGGAUCCGGAGAAGGCAAUCGGCCCUAGACCUGGACCUGGACCCGGACCAGAAUGCAUGGCUGCCAUAGUCGGGUAUCGUGAAGAUCCCGGCUUGUUUGCGCGCGCUUUGGACAGUUACAAAGCCGCUGGGGAAUGCCGGUUUGUCUUGGUUGGCGUGGAUGGAGAUGAAGGGCCAGACCUGGAGAUGGUCCGGGUUUUCCAGCAGGUCUUCCCGGAGGACUCGACGGUUCUUCGGUUGGACGAGCCCCUUGGCGAAGUGGCUGUCCGGGCUUUCGAGAAACUCUCAGCCAUCGAUCUCCACGCCCAGCCUCCGCAAGCAUACAUGGAGGCUGCUAUCUCCCACUGCUGUCAGCUGGCUCGAGAGGUUCUAGCGGAACACGACGGCCUGAAGCUGGGAGCGGCCGGCGGAGUGACGAGACUGUGUCUGUUCCAGCCGCAUCUGCACAAGAAGGGAAUCAUGUUCACCACGUUCAUCUUCUCCAUUGUGAUCUCUCAAAUGCUUGGGAUUGAGUAUCUCUGGUCGUCCGAUUCGGACACCAUCGUCUUUCCUAGAGCGCUGCGGAGCACGAUUGAAACCAUCGCCGGCGAUCCGCAUGUGGGAGGAGGCAGUUCGGGGCUGGUCGUGCACAAUGAACACGACUCGCUGACUACCAAGCUGGGCAGCAUGGUCUACUGGUGCGAGCUGUACUUGACGCGGUCGACGUCGACGUCCGCCGGUACCAGUGAUUGUCAGAGUGGUCCCAGUACUGCAUUCCGGGUGUCUGCGUUGCCUGCGGUUCUGUAUCCGUGGUAUACUCAGACCGUGCUGGGCCAUCGGAUGGUUGUCAAUGAAGACCGCCAUCUCACAACAAAUCUCCUGAUGCGCGGGUGGACCGUCACGUACGUGUCGGACACGCUCGUCGCGACAGACACCCCGACGACUCUGAGCCGAUGGAUCCUUCAACAAGUCCGCUGGAGCCGAGCAGGCCACAUCGAAUCCUUCCAACAGCCCGGCGUCUACCUCCUCAACAACCCACUCUUUUUCUGGGCCGCCAUCAAACGGGAGGCCGGUCCUCUCCUGGGCUUCUUCUACGUCCUUUUCUACCUUUUCACGGGGAAAUGCUUCGCCUACUUCUCCUGGCAGGACGUGGGUUACCGCAUCGCCUACACGGUUCUAUACAACUACUUCCGGAACCCGGACCGCGGGCCCAAAAACGCGUCGUUGUGGAUCGCCCCGGCCCUUCUAUUCUACAAUGUCCCUCUUCCCAUGAUCCAUCUCUGGAGCCUGGCGACGAUCUUCCAGGACGGGUGGGGCACGCCCAUGCGGUCUAAUGCGGAGACGUCCCGGCGCGGACGGGCGUGGAAGCGUUUCAAGGAUCUGGGGUUCUUCGUCGUCUGGAUGGGCAUCGUGGGAGGAUCGGUGGCGAGGAUGGCUGCCAGUACGGCUGGAUGGGAUGAACAGAGCACACUACGUGCCAUACUUUGGGGUGUGGUGAUUCCGUCGAUCGUGUCGUUUUAUGGCUUGGUUGUCCGUGGAUGACCGAAUUUGCAUAUCAUUCAGUACUAUAUCCCGUCCAUUAAUCUAACUGCUAGUUGGGAUGCAAAGCCCAUCUUCCGAUUCAGGAGGAAGAGGCAAUGUCAACCAACCCGUCUCUGACCAUCCUCGCACCGAAUAGAGGCCAUUCGAUGUCAUACCUCAGGACGAACCAAAUACCCGCAGCCUCUCCUCAACUGGAUUGAUCGUCUUCGCUUUCGGGCCUGCACCUCCAGGCUUUCCAAAGACCAACUGUGCCUUCAGCUUCCACGUUGCCGGGAGAUUCCACUGCUCCUUCACGUUUCGAGCAAAGUACGGGCUGAAGUUGUAGUGCUGCAGAUUAGCACCGAGACCUUCUUGUUCAAGCGCAGUCCACACUAUAAACUGGUUUAUUCCGCUUCCAUGGUCAGACCCUGCAGAGAUAUAUCAGCGCUGAGGUCGAUUAAGCAGAUAGGCGUAUUCAAAUGGUUCGGUUCUCUUACACUCCCCAAUUAGCGGCUUAAUUGCAGGUUGUUUCUCCUGUAGAGCUGUGAGAACGGCCUCAUCUUCGAACCAGAGGACCUAUUCGUGUCAGUAAUCUCAUUGACUACUGGUGAAAACCAUAUAAAAGGCAAAAGAAGACGGCUCAUACAGUGCCAUAAGCAGCGCGAAAACCAGCCACCUUCGGCGCCAGCGCAUCAUACGCAGCCGGCAAGUCCUCCUUGAGGGCCUUGUCACCGAUAUCCCACAGUUUCUUAUGCUCAUCCCCGAGGAGGAUAACCGCUCUAGCUGACUGCACAUUGAAACAGCUGGGGGCAUUCUUGAUACCGAGAGACACGAUCUCCUUGAUUCUCUCGUCGGAGAUAGGGCUUGCAUCCGUCAAGUUGUAUAUGGAACGUCGCGCCUCGACGGCAGACAAGAAUGCUGUUGCAGAUGACAUGAUUGUAUACAACUAUACUUAUAAGCAAUAAAAUAAAGGAAA